AUGGGUAGGCAUGCUGAUGGGAUUGAAAACCUGAGCUGUAUGACUCAAGAUGUUAGGAACUAUCUCCGCACUAAAAGACAACGUGCCCUAACAUAUAGUGAAGCAGGUAGUUUGAUGAAGUACUUUGUUACCCAAACUAGGAACAACCCAUCUUUCACAUACUCAUUUCAGCUGGAUAGUGAAAAACAAAGAACUAACAUAUUUUGGACUGAUCCAAAGAUGAUCAUUGACUACACGGAGAUGUUGUCAGCUUUGACACUACAUUUCGCACCAAUAAAGAGUAUAGGCCGUUUGGGUUGUUUGCUGGAUUCAAUCAUUACAGAGGGUGCACCAUAUUCGGGGCCGCACUUUUAUAUGAUGAGACAGUGGAAUCUUUUAAAUGGUUAUUUGAAGUAUUUGCUGAAGCACAUGGUGGAAAGAAGCCACAUAUAUGGGCCUAAAAGUCAAUGGGCGAAGUGUUAUAUGAAAAACACAUUGACAAUAGGCAUUCGAAGUACACAGCUUAGUGAGAAUCUCAACAAUGACUUGAAGGACUAUUUGAAGUCAACUUUGAAUGUUAUUCCACGACGUGCAAAUUCAAUGUCUAUUGUACAGAAACAAGUUGGGGAACUCUACAUUCCUGUUAUUUUUCAGUUAUUUCAAGAGGAAUACAAUUGGAUGACUGUUUGCACCAUUAUAAGUCGGACUGAUGGAAAUUCCUACAUUUAUUUUUGGGUUGGGAUUUAUGAAGCAGAAUACAUAAAGCGUAUUCCUGAAUACAAUAUUUUGAAGAGAUGGACACAAGGAACAACAAAUAUGGUGGUCAAUGACAGUAGGGGGAAAGAAGUUGAACAAGAUGUCAACUUGGACUGUACGCAACGGUAUAGGCGUAUUUGUCAUGAACUUAUUCAAAUAGCAUCAGAAGCUUCAAAUACAGUUGAGGGAUACGAGUUGGUGAAGGAUACUGCGAAUGAAUUAAGGUUGAAGCUUGGUAAUAUUAGAAACCCAGUUGAUCGCCCUGAUAUGCCAAUAUUUCCUCAUUUCUCAGAUGACGUAUAA